AUGUCGGAAAAGUUGGAACCGCGAAAAGCUUGUGAUUUGAAGGUGACUGAAUUACGUUCGGAGUUAGAAAAACGUGAUUUGGAUAAAACAGGAGUAAAAGCGAUACUUGUAGAGCGUUUGCAAAAGGCGCUUCUUGAAGAAGGAGAAGAUCCAGAAAAUUGUGUUUUUGAUAAAUUUGAAUUUAAAAAUGCAAACACUGAAAAGUCACUAAUACCAGAAAAAAAGUCUCCUAGUGUUGAAAAAAAAAAACCAGUUACUCCUACAAAAACAAUAAAAAAAAAUGUUAUUGGCAGAAGACCUGGACCAAAGUCUAAAACGUGUGUGGCACAAUUAAAAGUUGAAAAAAUUACUUCAAGUAUUUCACAAAAAGAAAAUGAUGAUGUAAAUCAAGAACAAGUAGAUAGUAGCAAUGUCAUUGCUAGUUCUGAGGAUUCAAAAACAGUUUUAUUAAAUACAAUUAAUUCUGAUGUAAUUGAUUCAAAUGAAGCAGAAGCUAAGGAAAUUGAUGCCGAUGAAGCACAACUAAAUGAAGCAGGAGUAAUAAAUGCAAUUUCAUCUCAUGAAAAUCAAACUGUAAUUGCUAUAGAUUCUGACUCAACUAGUACUCAUGAAAAUACAAAAGAAUUUGAAGGUGAAAAAGAUGUUGCACAAAUCAAUCCUAAGGAUACAAACAAUUUUAUAGAUGACGUAAAAGGUAAUGAAAUAAAACAAACUAAAUGUUUGGAUAAUUUAGGUACUGAUGCAGAAGUCAUAGAAAAUAGUUCUAAAAUUAACAAUGAUAUAGAAGAACAAAAAUAUAAAAAUAAUGUCAUUGGAGUAAAAGAAAUUAUACCAGAAACCAAUGAAGACGAAGAUAAUAUACAAGAUGAAGAAUUGGAUCAUGAAAUCGAUGAAGAAUUGGAUCAUGAAGCUGAUGAAGAAGAAAAAAAUUACAGUACAGACAAUUUUAAUCAAACUAAUAAUACAGAAAAAUCUACUCAAGAACAUAAUAAAGAUGACAAUAAUGAAGAUUCUAUUAACUUGACAAUUGGAGAAGAUGAUAUUAAAUUAUUUGCUGAUGAGGAAGAUACAAACAUUGAAAAAGAGGACGAAGUGACCGAGAACCAUACCAAAGAAGAAACAUUGAUCAAACAGCGUGAAUCUCGCCAUCCAGUUACUGCUAGUAGCAGUAGAGCAACAACUGGAUUAGUCAAAAGCCGUCGCAGUGCAACUGAGAAGCGAUCAUCUGUUGGGGAUAAACCACGGAGUACCCACAAAGAGGACAAGGACAUCAGCAUUGCAAAACCCAUCAUCAGUGUCAGUGUGCCCAAAGAUGAGAAGAAAGAAGAGGAUAAACAAGUUAAAGAUAAAGUGGAAGCUGGCAAUAAGCAGAGUAAUGACUCAAAGGUUCUGCAAAUAUCAAGUGAGACAUCAAAGAAAAACAAUUCAUCCUUGGUUCGCAACAUUUGGGUCAGUGGUUUGGCAUCAAUUACUAAGGCGACUGAUUUAAAACAACUUUUUUCAAAAUAUGGAAAGGUUGUUGGCGCCAAAGUCGUGACAAAUGCCAAAACUCCUGGUGCUCGUUGUUAUGGGUUCGUUACAUUAUCUUCAGCAGAAGAUGCUAAUCGUAGUAUUGAAAAUUUACAUAAGACUGAACUUCAUGGUCGUGUUAUUAGUGUUGAACGAGCUAAACGUGAUAAUGGUUAUCAAGUCACAGCAAAAAGUUCUAAUGCUUCCAAAGUAAAUGAAAAUUCUGAAACCGAACAAAAUACUAAAAAAACUGAAGAGAAAAAAGAUAAGCGAGAAGAAAAAAGGGAAAAGAGACCAGAAAUUACAAUUAAUGAUGUAAAAAAACCAGACUUAUGUAUAUUAAAGCGAUCAUUAUCAAAAGAUCAAAACCUAGAAUCUAAACGUUCUAAAAUUGUAAUCGAAAGAGAUGAUCGAAAAAAAGACAGAAGCAUUAAAAGUAAAAGUAAUGAACGUGACCGAGAAAAGCUAAGAGAAUUAGAACGAGAAAGAGAACGCUUAGAAAGGGAAAAAAGAAGGCAGCAAGAAAUUUUAAACUUGACAAAAAUGAAAACUGAACGUGAAAGGCUAAAACAAAAAGAACAAGAGAGAGCGAUAAGAGAAGAAGAACGUAAGAGACGCAUUGAAAAAGAACGUCAAUUAGAAAUUGAAAGAAAACAAAAAGAAGAAGCAAUUCGCCUAGAAAAAGAAAGACAAAAACUUCGAAUUGAGCGUGAACGAAUUGAAAAGGAAAAAUCUGAACUAUUGCGUUUAGAGCGUGAAAAUCAACGUUUAGAACGAGAAAGAUUACAAAGAGAAAAGGAAGAGUUACGUAGAGCACAAGAAAAGUUAGAGGAAACAAAACGCCAAGCAAUACUAAAGCGUGCUAUGCCCCCAUCUCCACCACUUCCUAGUAAAAGACAUUCUUCAUCAAAUUCAUCUCGAUAUGAAGAAAGAAAAGAACCAAUUCGUAGCUCUCGUAUCCAACCAAGUUCUGACUAUAUGAACCAAGCACCUCCGCCUCCUAACAUAACAUCAUCUAGACAUCGCUAUGAGCAGCAUUCUUCAGAAUCUCGUCGGAUGAGGCAGUCACCACCCCCUCCUCCACCACCUGCAUCAAGACCCAAAGACUCAACGAUGAACAUUAGAUAUGGUGGUGCUCCAUCAGCAACAGAUCAUCAUUACAGAAGUCGUGAUGAUCGGUCAGAUCGAAGAGAAGAAUCUCGUAAGAAAGAUUCAAGCAGUGGUGGUAGUAAUAGACAUGCUCAUGCUCCAUAUGAAUCAAAUAAAAGUUCCUAUGGAGGAAUGUCCCGCAGUAGCGAAAGUAAUACCUGGCCAUCAGCCACUGUAAAGAGUUCUUAUGGCACACUUAGUUCAAGCUCUGGAACUAAUAAUAUGGUAAUGAGUUCUAGACCAGAUCCUUGGUCAAAUAGUAAUAAUAGUCGAGAAAUUGAAACAACUGUGUGGCAACGUCCUCCUCAACCACCACCGGAUAAAUGGAACAGCACUUCAAGUAAUCCAUCAUCUAUGUCAAUAAGUGGACGUAGUUCGAGUAGUAACACCUUGUAUGGAAAUAACCAUCAAGUUAUACCAAACAUGGGAUUAAACAUGUCAACAAACUACAGUGAUAGUAGAUUUGACAGUUACAAAAUGAGUGGCAUGUCACGGAAAUAUUAG